GGAAUCAAAGGAGAAGCUGGAUCCAAGGGAAUGAUGGGACUUUUUGGGAGCAGAGGACCCGUGGGACAGAAGGGGGAGCCAGGAGAACCGAGCUCGCCGGGAUCUUCCGGUGCAGCAGGACUGGAUGGGAAGAACGGGAUCAAGGGAGCCAAAGGGGACAGAGGCCUUCAGGGACAGAAGGGGAAGCCGGGAGGGAAAGGUGACCCUGGGACCGCCGGUGACACCGGGCAGAAAGGGACAAAGGGCCUGCGGGGCCUUCCAGGCCGGACCGGCGCUCCCGGAGCCAAAGGUGCCAAGGGAGAAGUUGGCAGUGCUGGAAAACCAGGAAUUCCAGGAUUUAAUGGACAGCGUGGACCAAAGGGCGAGCCAGGAGCCUCAGGGAGCGACGGCGCCUCGGGAAUUCCUGGGGAGAAAGGAGAAAAGGGAGCCAAGGGAGUUCCAGGAUUGGGAGGAUUCAAGGGACAAGCGGGAUGGCCUGGGAAGCCUGGAGGGGCCGGAGCAGCGGGACCUCGAGGGCCACAGGGAGAGCCAGGCCCACAGGGCUGGAGGUGGCUGAAGUCCACAGGAGGCUCCAAGGGUAUUCCCAGCCUCGGGAAUACGUUGGGAACGGUGGAAAUUGGGAGGAAAAGCUUGGCACAACUCACGGCAAGGCCAUGGUGAAGCCCUUCAUGGAGCCACCUCCUCUCUUUGCAGCCCGCUGCCUGCAGCCCAUGGAUGAGGGCUCCUGCCAGCGCCAUUCCCUGCUCUGGUACUUCCACGUCCCCUCCAGCUCCUGCGCAGAGGGAGAUGAGCAGCUCCAAGCGCUUCAUUUAAAUCCAACGGGAUUGGGAGGAGUGACUCCAACACCUCCGGGAUGGAAAACAAGGAAAACAAACACCAAAAUCUUGGAAAAAAAAAAAAAGAUGUCAGAAAACUGGAAUUAUGGGAUGGGGAGAGGGAAACCUCUGGAUGCUCAGGAAAAGGAGGAUGGGAAGGGCGGAAUUCCUGAGCCAAACCAGGUGGCACAAAUUCCCGAGUUUUAUUUUUGUAAAAUAAAAGUGCCUGGAUGCUGUGGAACUCUGGAUCACUCGCCUGGAAGAGGGAAACCUUGGGAAUGGCAGAGAAAGGUGGGAAUAUCUUGUUUUUCCAGCUGGAUCAGGUGGAGCCCCAUCCUUUUUGGCCUGGCCCUAAAUUCCAUGGGAAUUCUCACCUUCUCCUCCACUUGGGAAUUCCCUGGGCAGGUUAAAAGGAGCUAUCCCAAAAUCUCCAAGAAAAAAAAACAGGGAUCCAAGCCAGGCUUCUCCCUAAAAAAUGCCACUUCCAAUUCCUGGAGGAGCUUGGAGCUGCAUCUUGUGGAAAUCCAGGAAGAGGUGUGGAAAUCCAGGAAAAGGAAUCCCAAAUCCCGGGAUUUUGGUCCCAUGGAGACACAGCUGAGGGGGGUCUUGCUCCAUGGGACAAUCCCUGGGAAAAGUUCAUAGGAUUUCCAGUGGGAAAACAGGGAUUUAUUGAAAGUUUUCCAUGUAAUUUGGUAAACCUGGGCUCAGAUUUCCAAGUUUUCAGAGUUUCCCAGAUUUGAGAUUUCCCAGCCCGGUGCCAUCCCUAAAGAUCAGCCCUCACCUCCCUGGCUUUGGAAUUUCUCAGCAGCUUUUGGCUCCAAAUCCCAAAUCCAAGAAAGAUUUGGGCAUCCAAAGGAGUUGGGAAGAGCCUCCCAAGGGAAUGAUUUGGCUCAAAAUCCACAUUCCUGAGGGAUCCGAGUGAUUCAAUCCAGGUUUGGAAGAACCGGGAAGCCAAAAUCCAUAUUUAGGCCGAGCUGAGUGGAUUAAACCCAGCUCAAAUUCCCAUCAGAGCUGGGGGGAAGCUGAGAACUGGAAUUAUUUUUAAUCCUCCAUGGAUUAAUCCAAUGUUCCCUACGGAUUUGCCAUCCAGGCUUUGGCAUUCCGGGAACGGAGCCCUGGAGCUUCCCUGGAAAUGUCAGGGCGGCCUAAUUGAGUUCCUUGGAAUUAUCUCAGGGCAGCAGAGCGGGGAGAGGCUCCAGGGUUCCUGGUGGCUUUCCAGGCUCGGAAACAGAAAAUUCCUGAACAUCCUUUGGAGAAAGGAUUUGGGAAAAGCCAAGCUGUGGAAAUCGGGGAUUUAGAGCACACCACGCCAGCUCACAAAAUAAUUAUUCUAAAUUUUGUGGCAAAAUAAUUAUUCUAAAUUUUGUAUUCCCAGCAAAAUUAUUAUUCGUGGCAAAAUAAUUAUUCUAAAUUUUGUGGCAAAAUAAUUAUUCUAAAUUUUGUAU